AUGCUCGAGCAGAGCGGUCCGCAGGGACUCCUAGGCUCGCUGAGCACACUCGCGCGUGACCACACUGGCUUGUUUGACCGAGUCGACAAGCUCUUCAACCGAGUGGCAGCGCCAAACAGGCUACACAGCUCGAUACCGCUCUCUCUGUUUGGCAUAGUCCAUGCUGUCCGCAUCGGUCAUGCACUCGCAGAAGCGCAGCGACGCACAGACAAAGAUCCACGCGGUAUCAAACCCACGCUCGCUCAGCAAUUUCUUGCGCCUAUCAUCUUGCUCUUUUCUGCCAGUACCAUCAUAGCCGUGCUGCUCGGGGAAGUGCCGAGUUGGCUCUAUUCGCCCUGGUCGGUGCUGCAGUAUGGCAUCACAGGCGUCCUCAUCGCCCGCACGCCCUUGUACAAAGCGCUCGUUUCUAUACCCAUCGGACUCAUCGGUCCUCUCUACGCCAUCGUAGACGGCUUCGGUCGCACGCUCGGCUCGACUCUGUACGGCGUAGAUGUCGUCAGAGCUCACGCAUCCCCUCUCGUCGCUCAUUCGCUCUGGGCCAAGCUCAUCAUUGGUACCAUCUCGGGCGCAGCAGGUGGGCCCGUACUCGAUACCAUCAACGGAUUCAGUUCUUCUUGGGGCAUCACACGCAACCCGAGCUGGCUAUCGCUGGCCAACUGGAAUGUCGAUAUCUGGGGCGCACUCGUCGUCUCACUCGUCUAUGUCAUCCUCACAGAAGGCGCGGGCGGUAUCGUUGAGGGUGUCCAGUCAGAAGCGAUAGUCGACAGGCCAAUCGCUAGAGCAAUCUGCUCUGUCUUGCUCACUAUCCUUAUUUCUGUGUCGCGACUCGGUCCAAUGACGAUGAUCUAUCAGCGACUGAACCAGCAGCGGAAGCGUGACGGCGGCAAAGUCAAGCCGACUGCACAGGCAGCACGUAAGGAGAAGCAAGCGAUCGAGCUGUCCGCCAAGCCAUUGCCUGCGAAACCCAUCUCGAGCGCAUCCAAUGCCUCAAUGAGCAGCGACACGCCUCGUACUACUGCAUUCGGAGCGCGUAUGCUGGCAGGCCAGCGGCUCAUCAAUCGACAAAGCUUAAGUAGUGAGUUCUAG